AUGAGCACUCCACAGAAACCAGAAGACUUGACCAAGGAGUUCCUGGCACAGGCCCUGGAGAAAGAAUACGGAGAAGAGGACGCCCUCUCAGUGAAGUCGUUCCAAGCCAAGGAUGCCGAAGUGGGAGUUUUGUCUCAUGUUGUCUUUAUCGACGUCCACGACGACGUCCACGACGACGUCCACGACGACGUCCACGCCGUCAAUCAGCAGAAGCAAACGAUCCAAAAGUUUGUGGCCAAAUUCCUCAAACCCCAAUUUCCUUUACAGCACAUGUUCAAAGUCGAAUCGCAUUUCUAUCGACACGUCCGACCCAAAAUCACUUCGUUCCAAGUGCCACGCCCAAUUCACACCUCCAAUUCCAUGAUUAUGGUCGAGUACGUUGCCGCCGACCAUUCGUACACGGUCGUAGAGGCAUGUCCCUCGGACCGAGUGGUCCCCGUGGUCACUCGAUUGGGUCAAAUGCAUGCUCAGUUUUUGGAUUACCAAGACAACCAAUUGGCGUGUCCUGCAGGGAUUGGCAGUUCUGCCACGGGAAUGAUGAAAGAGACGCAAUUCCCAGACAUGUGGCAGGAGUUUUUGCAAAGCAUCGCCCCAACAAUCAAUGACAAGGCCGUGGUGGACCGUGUCUCGGAGAUUUGCCGCGACUUGAGCACGCGACGUUUGUCACUGAUUCACGACGACAUCUACAAUCAUCCCCUGCAAACACUGAUUCAUGGAGACUUUCAUGUCGCCAACAUGUUGUUUGACGAUAAGGACAACACGGUGUGGCUCUUCGACUGGGCGGCCUGUGGACGAGGCCAUCCACUCGUUGAUUUGGCCUUUUUUGCCAUUGUCAGUCUCGAUAUACCCGUGCGCAAGGCCAAGGAAGAAGAAAUGCUACAAGCCUACCACAAUGCACUUGCCGCCGAAACAAUUUCCUUGGACGAUUGUCGGCAACUCUAUCGAUCCUGUCUGUUGAAUCAGUUCUUGAUUCUCGUCGUGUACGAUCACAUGGCACGGGGGUUGGCCCAACAAGCCAAGAAACCAGAGGAGCUGACACAUCACUUUAACGUGGUGAAUGCUCGUGCUUGUCACGCCUUGGUGGAUAACUUUGAUCAUGACUUGUUGCCCCGUCUCAAAACCAAAGAGGAAGCAGCCGUGAAAGCCGAGGAGGGAGAUGUAGGGUUGUAG